UCAUUUGCCUCUUCUUAAGCCACUAUCUCUUCCCGAAAUAAUUUUAUUUCCGAAGCUAUAUACACUUGUACACCAAGAACUAUGAAAAAGUGCCUUUUAUGUAUUUCAUACUAUAUAUUAGCUUUUUAGUUAGCCUGAACAAAUGUUUAAACAUAAAAUAAACCUUGCCCGGCUUGUUUGUUAUUAUAUUCUCGCUGCCUAAUUAGAACGGUAUAUGCAAUCCAUCACUUUUCGAUGCCAAGAUUUGCUCAUUGUUUAUACUAUUACUUAGUACUCUGUAAAUGGUAAGUUUUAACCAAGCUGUCAUCUCAAGAGUUGAGAUCAUUUUUGGUCGUUUGCAUUAAUGCAUGCAUUGCCAAAUUGAUCUGCCAUCGCAAGAAUUGGAGGCCAUUUUUGGUCGUAUCAUUAACGCAUCCUUACCAAUUUAACCAUAUGACACAUCAACUGCAGCUUCACUAGUCUUAAUUACAUAAUUUUCCUUCCUAUUUCUCUAUGUCAUACUUAAAUACAAUUUCCAACCAGCCUGUUUUGCUUCUCUUUCAGCCACUACAUCCCCAAGAAAACGAUGUUGCGCUAUAUUUUCUUGAUUCUUUUGGCAGCACACCCCUUUUGUACAACAAAUGGUAACAAAAAUAUAUUUAUUUUAGCAGGCCAAAGCAACAUGUCCGGCAGAGGAGGGGUAGUAAACAACAAAUGGGAUGAGUAUAUUCCACCUGAAUGUCAGUCCAAUCCAUCAAUUCUUAGGCUAACAGCUGAACUUCUGUGGGAAGAAGCAAAAGAGCCAAUGCAUCAAGAUAUUGAUUAUUAUGCAGUUUGUGGGAUUGGUCCUGGCAUGUCAUUUGCUAAUUCAGUCUUGAAAAAUGACCCAAAAAUAGGUGUGAUUGGUUUAGUGCCAUGUGCUGUUGGUUCCACAAAUAUUAGCCAAUGGUCUAAGGGAUCUUUUAAUUACAAUCAGAUGCUAAAUAGAACUGAGACUGCGCUACAAGGUGGUGGGACGGUUCGAGCACUUUUGUGGUAUCAAGGAGAAAGUGAUACUUUGGAAUUUGAGGAUGCAAAAUUGUAUAAUUCAAGAUUGCUGAAAUUCUUCACUGAUAUGCGCAAUGACUUGCAUGCACCUUUCCUCCCUAUUAUUCAGGUGGCAUUGGCAACAACACUGGGGCAUUAUAAGGAAAUUAUCAGAGAGGCCCAGUUGGGUAUUCACCUUAGAAAUGUGAAAACAGUUGAUGCUAAUAGGCUCAAAGUAGGCCCAGAUUUUGUGCAUCUCAGUACUCCAGCAGAGAUCCAGCUUGGACAGAUGUUAGCUAAUGCCUUUUUGAAGUUUGGUUCACAAAACGAAUAGAUAUUUUGUAUCUAACUGCUCUACAGACUACAGUUGGUAAUUAUGUUUGGAAACUA